AUGGCGAAUUUCUUGGAUGAGGGUAUUUCUGAGAAAUUCGGCGAAGCGAAGGACGAGGAGCAGGCGCCGGCAGAGAAAAUGUCGCGAAGCAUGGCACUUACGGAUUUUGUUUAUUUGAUGCAUUUGGAAUUGGAAAAGUUGGUUUAA